UAUAGGUUUAGGUACCAAAGGAGUCAUUUUAACUCAAGUUUGAUUGCAGUCUAAGUCUAAAAUGUGUAUACAAUCAGUGGGGUUAGCUCGGACCAAGAAAAUGCUCUGCAGAAGCCUCUUGUCGAGAAUUCGGGAUCCAUCUGCGACGAAAAUUGUUGCAAAAGGCCACAUUGCAGUAUACGUUGGGGAAACCAGCAAGAGGCGGUUCAUGAUUCCUAUUGCUUACUUGAACCAUCCUCUAUUCGAAGGCCUACUGAAUCUGGCUGAGGAAGAAUUCGGAUUCGACCAUCCGAUGGGCGGUCUCACGAUUCCGUGCAGCGAAGAAUAUUUCAUUGGUCUUUCAAAAAUGUUAAAAUUUUCCUAGAUGGUGGCCAUAGUUUAUGUAACUGUUCUAUUUUGUUUUAGCACA